UUCUGGUGAUUUGACUAAGCCAGAGAGUUGUGUCGGUGGUGGAUGGAUAAGAAGAUUUCGAAAAAAAAUUAUCAGAAGCUGAAAUUUCACCUGUAAACGCCUUCGACGAUGCCAGCUUAUUUUCAGCGUCCGGAGAACGCUUUAAAAAGGGCCAAUGAGUUCCUUGAGGUUGGCAAGAAACAGCCAGCCUUGGAUGUUUUGUAUGAUGUCAUCAAGAGUAAGAAACAUCGAACAUGGCAGAAGAUCCAUGAGCCCAUCAUGCUCAAAUACCUUGAGCUCUGUGUGGAUCUUCGUAAGAGUCAUUUGGCAAAAGAAGGCUUGUACCAGUACAAAAAUAUCUGCCAGCAGGUAAACAUCAAGUCCUUAGAGGAUGUUGUCAGGGCCUAUCUUAAACUGGCAGAGGAGAAGACUGAAACAGCCAAAGAGGAGUCUCAGCAGAUGGUGCUGGAUAUUGAAGAUCUGGAUAACAUCCAGACUCCAGAGAGUGUGCUGUUAAGUGCUGUCAGUGGGGAGGACACCCAGGAUCGUACAGACAGACUGCUGCUCACUCCCUGGGUGAAAUUCCUCUGGGAAUCCUACCGGCAAUGUCUUGACUUGCUGCGUAACAACUCCAAGGUUGAGCGUCUUUACCAUGACAUUGCCCAGCAAGCCUUCAAGUUCUGCCUUCUAUAUACACGCAAGGCUGAGUUCCGCAAGCUGUGCGAUAACUUGCGCAUGCACCUGGGCCAAAUUCAGAGGCAUCACAAUCAGAGUACAGCCAUCAACCUUAACAACCCAGAAAGUCAGUCUAUGCACCUGGAGACUCGCCUGGUACAGCUGGACAGUGCCAUCAGCAUGGAACUGUGGCAGGAAGCUUUUAAGGCUGUAGAGGACAUCCAUGGGCUUUUUGCCUUGUCAAAGAAGCCCCCCAAACCUCAGCUGAUGGCUAAUUACUAUAACAAAGUGUCAACUGUUUUUUGGAAGUCGGGGAAUGCUCUGUUCCAUGCCUGUACCCUCCACCGUCUCUACCACCUAUCCCGAGAGAUGCGAAAAAACCUCACCCAGGAGGAAAUGCAGAGGAUGUCCACCAGAGUGCUCCUUGCUACCUUGUCUAUUCCCAUUACGCCGGAACGUACCGACAUUGCCCGCCUCUUGGACAUGGAUGGAAUAAUUGUCGAGAAGCAUAGGCGAUUGGCCACUCUACUGGGGCUACAGGCUCCUCCCACCCGCCAAAGCCUCAUCAACGACAUGGUGAGGUUUAAUCUCCUCCAGUAUGUUGUCCCAGAAGUGAAGGAGCUCUACAAUUGGCUGGAAGUUGAUUUUCAUCCCCUCAAGCUUUGUGGAAGAGUGACAAAGGUGUUGAACUGGGUGAGAGAUCAGGCUGAAAAGGAGAUGGACCUUCAGCAAUAUGUUCCUCAUCUGCAGAACAACACCAUCCUUCGGCUGCUGCAGCAGGUUGCACAAAUCUACCAGAGCAUUGAGUUCAGCCGCUUGGCUUCCUUGGUUCCAUUUGUUGAUGCGUUUCAGCUCGAGCGUUCAAUUGUUGACGCUGCCCGACACUGCGACUUGCAGGUGCGCAUUGACCACACAUCUCGCACCCUCAGUUUUGGGUCAGACUUGAACUAUUCGACAAAAGAAGAUUCACCGGUUGGGCCGUUCUUGCAGAACAUGCCUUCAGAGCAAAUCAGAAACCAGCUGACUGCCAUGUCCUCAUCUCUGGCCAAAGCAAUCCAGAUCAUUAAGCCUGUUUCCAUAUUGCAAGAACGUGAGGAACAAAGGCAGCAGGCCAUUGCUGCCUACUUGAAGAAUGCUCGCAAGGAACACCAGCGCAUUCUAGCCCGCCGACAGACCAUAGAAGAGCGAAAGGAGCGCCUUGAAAGCCUUAACAUUCAGAGAGAAAAGGAGGAGCUGGAGCAGCGCGAGGCAGAGAUGCAAAAGGUGCGCAAGGCUGAAGAGGAACGGUUGCGCCAGGAGGCCAAAGAGAGGGAGAAAGAACGCAUCAUGCAGGAGCAUGAGCAGAUCAAGAAGAAGACAGUGCGUGAACGCCUUGAACAAAUAAAGAAGACCGAGUUGGGUGCCAAAGCCUUCAAAGACAUUGAUAUUGAGGACCUUGAGGAGCUUGACCCAGACUUCAUCAUGGCCAAGCAGGUGGAGCAACUGGAAAAAGAGAAGAAGGAACUCCAAGAGCGCCUGAAGAACCAGGAGAAGAAGAUUGAUUACUUUGAGAGGGCCAAACGCCUUGAAGAAAUUCCCUUAAUCAAAAAGGCAUAUGAAGAACAGCGUAUCAAAGACAUGGAGUUGUGGGAACUGCAGGAAGAAGAAAGGAUAAGCAAUAUGAAAGUGGAGCGUGAGAAGGCACUGGAGCACAAGCAGAGAAUGUCCCGAAUGUUGGAGGACAAGGAGAAGUUUUUGUCCAAGAUUACUGCCGCUCGAAGCUUUAUUUAUGAGGAAAAACUUAAACAGUUCGAAGAACGGCUGGUUGAGGAGAGGAAAAAGCGAUUAGAAGAACGGAAGAAACAGCGUAAAGAGGACAGACGCAAUGCGUACUAUCGACAGAAGGAAGAGGAAGCUCAGAGGAUUCUUGAGGAGCAAAUGAAGAAAGAACGAGAGGAGCGAGAGCUACUUGAACAACAACAGCGUGAGGAGGAGGAGAGGGAGUAUCAGGAGCGUCUGCGCAAACUAGAGGAGCAGGAAAGGAAGCAGCGCGCGCGACAGCAGGAAAUAGAGGAGCGUGAGCGCCGCAGAGAGGAAGAGAGGAGAAUGCCUGAAGACAACAGACAUGGCAAGCAGGAUAGUCCGCACUGGUCUGAAAAAGAGGAGGGAGGCUGGAGAAAGAGAACUGGAGAAGGGGACACAGAGUGGCGCCGCCCUGUGCCUGAACGUGAGUGGCGGCAGGAAGGCCGUGAUGAGGAAAAAGGUAACUUCCAAAGAGAUGAAGAAAGAGAUGGACCCUUCAGAAGGGGAGGAGAUGGUCCUCGCAGGGGAGGAUCUGAUGACCGAGGCCUCAGACGUGGUUUUGAUGAUGAGCGAGCCCCACGCCGAGGUUUGGAUGAUGACAAAGGUCCUAGAAGGGGUCAGGAUGAAGAUAGAGGCCACAGAAGAGGGCUAGAUGAUGACCGAGGCUCAAGGAGAGGAUUUGAUGAUGACAGAGGUCCACGCAGGGGAAUGGAUGAUGUAAGGGGUCCAAGGCGAGGAGCUGAUGAUGACUGGGGCCCCAGAAGAGGAGAAGAAGGAAGCAGAAGGGGAAUGGAUGAUCAAGGACCACGUCGGGGUGAUGAUGCUAGACCUUGGAAACCCCUUGGCAGACCAGGUGGCUGGAGGGAAAGGGAGAAAGCCCGCGAGGAGAGCUGGGGUCCUCCUCGUGACAUUAGAGGCCGUGACCAAGACGAACGAGAUGAAGACAGGGAUGACGUGGAUCGUUUCAGAGAGCGCAGGCCUCCACGUGAGGAAACCAAUAGUGGCUGGAGGCGUGGUGGUACAGAUGACGCUAGUAGCUGGAGAGAGAGUCGGCGAGAGCGAGAUGACUUUGAGCGUGAUGAUCGCCGUGGAGACCGAGACAGAGACCGGGAUCGUCGAGACAUGAGAGAAAGGAGGGAUGAUCGUGAACAAAGAGCCCCUCCAAGAGAACAUGAUGAUUCAAUUUCCUGGCGUCGUACCGGUGAAGACAAAAGGGAUGAUCGCAGAGAGGACAGAGAAACCCCUUCAAAGGCUCUACCCAGGGAGAAGGACCGUGAUGGAGAAAGGGCAUCUUGGCGGUCUGACAAGGACAACCGACGCACCAAGAACGAGACAGAUGACGAUGGCUGGACCACAGUUCGCCGCUGAGCCUGUCCCUUGAGCUACUGCUUUCAGUUGGGGUAUCUGAAGGCCUGUGGUAGUGCUCUGAUAUAAUGGAAUUUGCAAAACUAUUGUGAUGCCUAUAGUUAAGAAUAAAAAAUUUUACCAUGAAUUAUGUGUUGCAGAGCAGCUUCCUCCUAUUGGUUUCCAUUUAGCAUGAGUAGGCUAUUUAUGCACAGUUUCUUCUUUAUGGAUUUUUGGGGGGUGAUGCUAUGUUUAGCCAAUACUAAUAUACACAUGUAAGGUGUAAAUGCUUUCUGUGCAUUCAGUAGUUUUAAAACCAAUGGCAAUGCUUCAGCCUGCGUACUACCAUGCUGUCUAGUUAAGGUUUUGAUUUUGAAGAAACGUGACAAUAAACUAAUUUGCUCAACA